UAUAACUGCAGACCUCGGAUUGCUCCGCACAACAACACGAACGCCAUCUUUAGCUGAGCAGCUCAGUACUGAGGCAGAGUUGUAUAGCGAAACUAGGUCAGGCGUCGAGAAGAAACAAACAAUUUAGGAAAUCUCAGUUCGGAAGCCUCUUGUCGGUGUUUGAUAACCUCUCGUCACACCGUGCUGUCGUAUGGUCCAAUGUGUUUGAUCGGUCGGUCAGCUCGAACGCAGUUUUCUUGUGUUGGUCCCGGUUGACGUUCAGUGAUCACCUCUAAACAAACAGCCCACGGUGGAGGUGAAAGCCAGGAUGAAACGAGGUCUCCAUGAGAAUGAACAGGAGGAUGGAGGUGGACCCAGUGAUGGGUGCCAGAAGAUGCUCAAACGGUCCCACAAGAAGAGGAAGGAGAAAGAGCUGGAAGAGGAGGGAGCCAGAUGGGAGUGUUUGCCACAGGAGAUCCUGCGUCAUGUUUUCCAGUACCUGCCUCUGCUGGACAGGGCUUAUGCUUCUCAGGUUUGCAGAGGCUGGAAUCAGGCCUUCCACAUGCCUGAGCUGUGGCGCUGCUUUGAGUUUGAGUUGAAUCAGCCGGCCAGCUCCUACCUGAAGGCCACUCACCCAGACCUCAUCAAACAGAUAAUCAAAAGACACUCCAACCACCUACAGUAUGUCAGCUUCAAGGUGGACAGCAGCAGAGAGUCUGCAGAGGCAGCUUGUGACAUCCUCUCUCAGCUUGUAAACUGUUCUUUGAAAACUCUGGGGCUCAUCUCCACAGCCAAGCCCAGCUUCAUGGAGAUGCCCAAGUCUCACUUCAUCUCAGCACUGACGGUGGUUUUUGUCAACUCCAAGUCCCUGUCCUCCCUGAAGAUCGAUGACACACCUGUUGAUGACCCCUCUCUCAAAGUCCUGGUGGCCAACAACAGUGACACGCUUAAGCUGCUGAAAAUGAGCAGCUGCCCUCAUGUUUCACCUGCAGGGAUCCUGUGUGUGGCAGAUCAGUGCCACGGCCUGAGAGAACUGGCUCUCAACUACCAUCUGCUGAGCGACGAGCUCCUCAUUGCGCUUUCAUCAGAGAAGCACGUUCAUCUCGAGCACCUUCGCAUCGACGUGGUCAGUGAGAAUCCAGGCCAGCAGUUCCACACCAUCAAGAAGAGCAGCUGGGACGCCAUGGUACGCCACUCUCCCAAGUUUAAUCUGGUCAUGUACUUCUUUCUCUACGAGGAAGAGUUUGGCCCUUUCUUCCGUGAUGAAAUCCCCGUUACACAUCUGUACUUCGGCCGCUCCGUCAGUAAAGAUGUGCUGGGCCGCGUGGGGCUCACCUGCCCGCGUCUGGUGGAGCUGGUGGUGUGCGCCAAUGGGCUGCGGCCGCUGGAUGAAGAGCUCAUCCGCAUCGCUCAGCGCUGCACGCAGCUGUCCGCCAUCGGCCUGGGAGAGUGCGAAGUGUCCUGCAGCGCCUUUGUUGAGUUUGUGAAGAUGUGCGGAGACAGACUGACACAGUUAUCCAUCAUGGAGGAAGUGCUGGUUCCAGAUCACCGUUAUGAGCUGGAUGAUAUCCACUGGGAGGUGUCAAAGCAUUUGGGUCGCGUCUGGUUUCCAGACAUGAUGCCCACAUGGUAGAAAUAUGGGAGAACGCGCAAGCUUCUAGAGUUGUGUGUAUGUGCCCAGAAGUUUUUCUCACCUUUAGAAAAAAAAAAAGCACACUUUUUGUCUCUGAAUACAUGAAGAAAAAAAAAAUGUUUGGGUUCUCAUCUGCUUUUGAAAACUUGUAGCAUUAAUUCUAACGUCACCUCACUUUUUUUAAAUGGUUAUUUUCAUACAGGUGAACAUUUUGUGUUACCAUGUCCUCCUGAGCCCUGCAAGCUGAUUACUUUUCAACGGGAGUUGAUUGGACACAAAGUGAUGCAGACUGCAUUUGUGUUUAUGAAAUGCAGAGAUGUCGAUUUAUAGUUUUUACAUAAAUGAAUAUACAAUACACAUUUGGCCUUAUGACUGGAAUUAAGUACAAACCUUUUGAUUUAAGUCCAGAAACUUUAAUUUUAUUGAAAUUUCUAAGAAAUUAACCUCUUAUAAGGUUGUCAUCAUUGCACUUAAUGCACCAAGUCUUUAUAGUCAGGAAGUGUGGCAGAAAAUGCACUACGUGUAUAAGAUGGAGAUAAUCACCAUUAUAAGCUAAUUCAGUCAAACUUUUUCAAAAUUUACACUUUUAGCAGCACAUGUGGCUUCUUUAUAAUUUGUCCAUUUCUGUUUGUUUUUAUUUUUUCCAGUGUUGCACUACGUCAUGUCUUUUUCUGAGUCCCUGUCAUGUAUAAAAAAAAAAAUCCUUUUCUCUGUCUGCUAAUGUGGACAAGGAUAAAGGCAUUCCCCUUUUCUAACAGCUACUAUUUAUGAAGACGGUGUUAUCAUGUGACUGUGGCCAUGAUCAUCUAACUCUAAAUAUGCUCUGUAAAUAUCUGUAAGUGACGUUUUAACACAUUUUUCAGUGUGAUCCAACAUAGAUCUGUUUAUACAUUGUCUGGCCCAUGUUUCUUUUGUAAUUGUAAAUAUUGGAGUGUUAUAUUUAAAACAAAUGGCACAAAGAUUUUAAUUAUGGACAUUAUACAGUAUGUUUGAACAUACACGGGUUCUUUUUUAUGCACUUUUUCUUCUAAUGAAGGUCCCGGGUUAACAACAUGAGCUUUUUGUGUCAUGAAGACGUGAAAUUAACAACAAAAAAAAAAGGUGUUUUUUUUUCUCUUUCAGCUCUGGCCUGAAACUUUUUAUGGUAGUCAAUUUGGUUUUGAGGGACAGUUUUCAAAUUUAAUAAAUAUUUUAAUGGGAUAUUUUAUGAUGUAAUUGAUUUAUCUUUUCCGUCCAAAAAUCAUUCUUGCAAAACAUAGUUGACAACUACAUAUUAGCUCUGGAUCACCUUCUUCUCUUGUAUGAAAACAUUAAAUGACAUACCAGACAGAAGCUGUUGCAUGCUGGGAUGUCAUACAUGUUUGAGUGUACAGAUAAAAAAAUGUCAUCUUUAUUGUGCAACCCUGCAGACAGGGUCCAUGCGGGACAGUGUGGCAGCUCAUUGUUCAUGUAGCUGAAUGUGUAGGUGUAAAAUAGUUACGUCUCAUUAUGAUUCUGCUGCAGAGUGAAACCGGAACUGAGAGAUGUGUUAAGGUGGUGGUUGACGAGGAUGUUCUUGCCUGUGUACUUCUGGAAAGAUGACGCAUUUUUGGGCCGUUGAGCUGUGCAAUGGGACUCUUAAAUCAUCAUGUUCCGUUACUGGAUAGUUGGUUUACAGCACUUAUAUUUGUCCCUUUUUUUUUUAUAUUUUUGUUUGCAAUUUUUUUUAUUAAAAAAAAGCUUUGCAUUAAUAUUCUGCAGCAAUGUAAUAGACCCAUUGUGUCUUAAUUUAAAGUUUUAUCUCUGGAGGUCUACCAGGUUGCUGUAGACUUAUUUUAUUAACAUGCAGCUAAUUUUGCUUUGUAUUUCCAGAAACUUGUCAAAUGCAUUAUAAUUUGUAUUUGCAUUUAUAUUUAGUUCUUUUUGGUGCAUAAAGAUGAUUGUUGUAACCUUGGAAGAUAGGCUGAGUGACAGCUGCAAUUUCCUUAUAGCGAAUACAGCAGUGUGGUUUCCUUUUUUUCUGUUUUAGCUGAAUGCAGGCAUUGAAAUACAAUUUAUUGAAAGAAAACUUGUACGUUUCCCAAAGAUGGGUGAUAAUUGAGUAAAGUGUAUAGUCAUAUUAAAAAAAAAAGCCUGUC